UGGCGAGGCAACAGUUAGCAGCUACCCGCUAGCCUCCAGCAGCUAUCUCCGUCAGGGUGGGGGGGAGUGCGAGGCGUUAUAGACAUGUUAAAGUUUAGAAACACGGAUUCCUCGUCCUGAACGCACACGAGAGCAACGUUUGGCGAAACCCGGGACGGCUGCCGAAACCAUGGGUGGCGGCUGGUGUCCGUAGCGGCCACUUAUUUGCGUUGUUUUUGAGCUUCAAAUGUGCGAAAAGUCGCUCGGUCCGUCCUCGUCGUUGAACAAGAUGGCAGCAGCAGCAGCAGCGGCAGCAACAGCAGGAACAGGAGCAGGACCGAUUCAGGGUCCCACCGCGGUGUCGCUUGCUAACCUGUUCUUUGACGAUCUGGGUGAUAACAUUUACUGGUCUUACUGAAGGUAUGGCCUCACAAGUCUUGGUUUGCCCAUCACACCUGCACUCAGCUAAAACAAGUGCCUUAGGAACCAGCAGCAGUGGUACCAGCAGACACACGGGCGAAGCCCACCACAGUAAUAACACCAGCAGAGCCUUUCAGCACCGACCUCUGCCCAAGACGUAUGUGAUCGGAGUCAACUACGGCAUCGCCUAUCCCAACAACGUUAUCCCAUCCUCAGUCGGUGCUGAUUCGGGGAGACUGCAAAGGGGUCUGCAGCUUGGAGAGAGGGAGCGCUGGGCAUUGCAGACCGCGGGGAUACAGCGAGACGAGAGCCUGAGAGGAGGUCCGGCCGGCAUUCAGGAUCAGAGUAGAGAUCCACAGGACGUGAGGCUUCAUAGGGACAGCGGUGCGACUCCAUCGGGAGUAGGAGGCUUGGAUUGUGGGCUGCUGAGAAGGGCCUGCAUAAGAGCGGAGGAGGAAGAGGGCCGAAACAGGAGAGUACAAGCAAGAGGGGAGUACGCCAGCCUUGUAGACACAGGUGCCACCCAGAGAUGUGAACAGAAGCCGGGGGAAGGUGGAGAACAACCGCGGGACAGCGAUUGUGUUGGAACCAUGCAGAUAGUGGAGGAGGUUUCUGCUCUGCCUUCACUUCCUCCCCCUCCAGCUAUGUUGCAAACCGGCACUGGGAACAAUGCAGACACUGUGAGAGUAGGGGGUGGAGGGACACUGCCUGCUCAACACAACAGGGUUGAGGCCGUGAAGGGCAUCGGGGUGGAUGGGACUGAGAUGAAGCUUAACGGCAGCACCGAGGUGGUGGCGGGAUCUACGGUGACCAGGACGGGGUCAGGAGACGGGGACUAUCAGUUAGUUCAGCACGAGGUUCUGUGCUCGUUGAAGAACAGCUACGAGGUCCUGGAGUUUCUGGGCCGUGGAACCUUUGGCCAGGUGGUGAAGUGCUGGAAGAGGGGAACGAAUGAAGUGGUGGCUGUGAAAAUACUGAAGAACCACCCAUCCUAUGCACGUCAAGGACAGAUUGAGGUGGAGAUCCUGGCCCGGUUGAGCAGCGAGAAUGCAGAGGAGCACAAUGUGGUGCGUGCUCUGGAGUGCUUUCAGCACCGCAGCCACACCUGCCUGGUGUUUGAGAUGCUGGAGCAAAACCUCUACGACUUCCUUAAACAGAACAAGUUCAGCCCACUGCCACUUAAAAUCAUCCGACCCAUUCUGCAGCAGGUGGCAACAGCCCUGAAGAAGCUGAAGUCUCUGGGUUUGAUCCAUGCUGACCUGAAGCCAGAGAACAUCAUGCUCGUGGACCCCUCCAGGCAGCCGUACAGGGUCAAGGUCAUCGAUUUCGGCUCGGCCAGCCACGUCUCCAAGGCUGUGUGCUCCACUUAUCUGCAGUCCAGAUACUACAGGGCUCCUGAGAUUAUUUUGGGCCUGCCGUUCUGCGAGGCCAUAGACAUGUGGUCGCUGGGCUGCGUGAUAGCCGAGCUGUUCUUGGGUUGGCCCCUCUACCCCGGAGCGCUGGAAUACGACCAGAUCCGGUACAUCUCUCAGACUCAGGGCCUGCCCUCUGAACAGCUGCUCAACAAGGGGACCAAGACCUCGCGUUUCUUCUCCAAAGAAUCGGACUCUCCCUACGCCUCAUGGAGACUAAAGACGACAGAGGAGCAUGAGAAAGAGACGGGACUUAAAUCCAAAGAGGCCAGAAAGUACAUCUUCAGCUGUCUGGAUGAUAUAGCACACGUGAACUUGGUGCUGAGCCCUGAUAGCGGCGACAUGCAGGCAGAGAAGGCCGACAGGCAGGAGUUCGUGUCUCUGCUUAAGAGCAUGCUGCUGAUUGACGCAGAGGACAGAACCGUUCCCUCUAGUGUCCUCACUCACCCCUUCCUCAACAUGACUCAUCUGCUGGACUUCCCACACAGCAACUACGUGCAGUCGUCUUUCCGCAUCAUGGACAUGUGCCACAGUCGGCCCAGCAACGCCAUUUUCGACGCCCUCAACCAGAACACCAUUCAUUUCUCCAGACCCCCCCUCGCCCCCACCGCAUCCUCCGGCCUUCCUCUCGGCUACAGCAACAUACCGGUCCACACUCAGGCUAUAACCCAGUCGGCUCCCUCAGUGUUGCACCCUGGGAUAGCUCUGACGACUGGGAACGGACAGUUUGGGUGCAGCGACUCGUUCCCACCCGCCCUUCUUCUUUGUCCUCCAACCAUGCAAGGUAACCUUAAUCAACCAACAGGAUAUUCUGUCCCCAUGGUAACUCAAGCCCCUCCCAUACAACCCCUACCAGUGCGACCUGGUGUCAUAGCUCAGGCCUGGUCGAGCCGGGGGCAGCAGCUCCUCGUCCCAGCGGCUUGGCAGCAGAUGACUCCCGUGGGUCCUCCUCCCUCUCACCCACCUCCACCGCCGCCAUCUUCCCUAACCAACGACACCACAGCCGGCCCACAGAGGAUCAGCGACUGGGGGAAAGUGCGUCCACACAGCAGCCACUACAACGCGGUGAUGCAGCAGCCUCUCCUGACCAAUCAGAUGCCGGCCCUCUCUGCCCAUCAGCCAAUCAACAUCGGCAUAGCUCAUGUCGUUUGGCCCCAACCGGCCAAUAAAAGGAACCGACACGCUCACAACAGGAACCUGACCCACCACAGCAACGGCCACAUGUCGGCUUGUCGGACGCCCAGAAUGGCGGACGUCGUCGGGCAGGCGGCGGCAGGAAGGGAGCAGCCGCAGAGGGAGGUUCCUCUGGCGGAGACCAGGCAGCCGGAGGUUCACAACACGGACGAGGAGGAGGAAGAGGAAGAAGAAGACCCAGAGGAGGAAGUGAGCUGCUUCAAGGACGUGGUGCUAAGUGGCAACAGACAGCUGGAGCUGCCCAGGCAACCCCAGCGAGACGUGGCCGUGCUGAUGGGCGACACGCCGAGCCCUGCCCCCAGCGUGAUCAGCAUCCGCAGUGACCUGACCGAUGCAGAGGACGAGGGUGGGGAGGAAGACCCUCAGAGGUGCCGUCUGAACGAGUGUAAAGAGGAGUGUGUGUGUGAGGCCUGCAGAAACACCAGUGUGUCCAUGGAGAGGGUGUGUUCCCUCAGCAGCCCCGACAGCAGCCUCAGCACCAGCUCCUUCGCCUCCAACUCGCUUCAGUCCAGCCCUUCAGUGUCACCGUGCAAGAGGCCCAACAGCAUGUCUGAGGACGACGGCCACGAGAGCGGCUGCGACACGGUCGAAGGCUCCCCGACGUCCGACACGUCGACGUCCCCCCGCGGCAACGGCGCCUACCGUUACCUUGACAACAGCAACCACAACAACCGCCCGCCUUUGGCGUCCAUGGUCGCGCCGAUGCCCUCCCCGGCCGCGCAGGACAGGAGUCCCCGCGGCAUCAGGACGAUGGUGGUCCCUCCGAUGAGAGUGCAGAACAACAACACUCGGGGGGCAGAGGAGCGAGGCCAGAGAACGGUCUCAGAGUCCUGGUCCCGAUCCAAAGGGCGCUGCAGCUUCGUAGGUCAACAGAGCACUCCCUCCUCCGCCCCCCUCCUCCCAUCCGCCCCCCUCCUGUCCCGGCAGCAGAAGGUGACCGGGCAGCAGCAGCAGCAGCAGCAGCAGCAGCAGCACCCGCACCCCCCUCUGGGCUUUGGACAGGUCCAGCCGUACUCUUCAAACCACAGCAACAAAGAGUGGAACGGCAACUAUGGGCCCCUGCGACCUCACGCCUACAUCCCCCCCACUGUCCACACGCACACCUUCACCCACCUGCCCCACAGCAGCCCCACGCUCACGUCGGCCGCCUCCCACGCCCACACCCUGCUCUCCUACCCGCCGCCCACCGCCGCCCACCACCCCCACCCCCACCCCAUCCUGCCCUCUCGCCCCCCCCCUCUCCUCCAGCAUGGCUACAGCCUUUCGCACCAAGGCGGGGCUAUAGUUCACCAGGUGACCCUGGGCAUCGGCACCCAUCCCCACCACCCCCACAGGUUCCUCCCCUCCCCGACCGUCCACCCGCACCACCAGCCCGGCUACGCCCACCACCCCCACCCCCACCACCCGCACCCGCACCAGUUCAAGCCUCCCUUCCCUCCUCCGCCGCCGCCUCCUCACCCCUACUUGGCCUCCCCGGCCGCCUACACCGGCUUCCCUCUGAGCCCCACCAAGCUCAGCCACCACCCCCAGUUCUCUUAUAUCUGAGGGGCAGGACGGGGCAGCAGCAGUACCUCCUGGUCAGGAAGGGCAAUAGGAAAUGGACCGGGGCUGCGACCUGGGCAGGUAGAGCUAGCAGCAGAGCACACAAUGGACACUUGUGACCAUGACGACGAGGAGGAGGAGGAAGAAGACGAAAAUGACGGGGCGGUGUUUUAAGGAGAGUAAUUCCCAGCUUCUGUAAAUCAAGGAGGGUUUCGCGGCUUACGUCACUGAUCAUGUUUGACUGUCGGAGCAGCUUCUCUGAAAGACUUCCUGGAUGACAGAUUUAACAAAAAAAAAAAACAAACACGCAGAGCUUUACACGGGAGCGUCCACACGAGUGAGUGAAAUCACAAGAAACGGAAAGUUUUAACUAGAGGAACGCGUGUUCGCCGUUCGACGAGAGAUCCGACUUUAUCUUUGUUGCCUUGUAGCACGUGUGAGCCGGUUUUGUGAAGCCAUCCCCGUCUGUAUUAACCGAGGAUCCGACUGCUCCUGUCUUUGUUUUUUUUUUUCAGGCAGACGUCGCUACUGCCGCCUCCUAGUGCCUUAAAAAAAAAAAAAACAGUCUGCGGCGUCACUUCAGGAGCAUAUCGAUUGUAAAUUUAAAGAAAAACUAAAAAAAUGGGCUUGCAGCACUUAACCUCCAAGCUCUAAACAAGACGGGGCUUAUCGGAUGAUUACGAGGGUUAUGCUUGUGGUUUGUGUUUUUUUUUUUUUUUUAAUAUUGUUGGACUUUUGGUUUGCUUUCUAACUCAAGAGUAUGGAUUUACUUUAGCUAGAGGCUGCACAUACAUAGAUAUAUAUAUAUAAAUAUAUAUAUAUAUAUAUAUAGGGCUUUGACUGAAUGAGCUUUUUAUGUACAUAAAGAGUGAUUUGAUAUUUUGAUAAUCGAAUUUCUAUUCACUAUAGUACUUAAUUCAUAACAGUAUUGUCACUGUUUACUGUAACUGCAAUACAAUCUAGAUAGACUCUGGGUUGCUGUGUUUUUAUUGUUUUUGUUUUUUUGCGUUUAGGCUAGACUUGCAUUAAUUAAUGCUCUUUUUAGAUUUUACUUUUGGGAGUGGCUUAGACUUUAAAACAACAACGACAACAAAAAAAAAAAAAGUGGAGUUAAUCGUUUUUACUUUUUAAAAAUGCUUCUCAGUGUUUGAACUCGCAGUAUCGUCGCUGGGCUACCGAGUAUUAGAGCUGUAAUCGUUUUCGAAAAUAUCCGUGUAUUAAGCCUGUCGUCAGUUUUGAUACAUUCCUUCAGGGUGGAUGCAUAGCCUUGAUAUUUUAUUUUUUUUUUGUUUGUUUGUUCGUUCGUUUGAUUUUCUAGCGUCUUCUUACCCGUCGCCUCAGCUGGUAUUUUUACUCCAAUCAGCAACCAAAGACUGUUUUUAAUCAUUUCUGAAGCACGGUCGAUGAUAUUUCUCCUUCUCACCUCCAGCGGUAGUGGUCAUUGGAAUAUAUUUGCAAGGUUUCAACAAAAAAAAGAAAAGAUGGGAAAAAAACUGAGGUUGAGGUUUUAUUUUAUUUUUUUUUUCUGUGCUAUGUUUGUAUUUGGAAUGUAUAGAUAAUAAGCUGCUAUGUACUGAUUAUCUGCCACUUCGUAGCUGUGAAUUUAGGGGAUUAAUCUCGUUCUAGCCUGCAUCUUCUCUCUCUUUGUAUUGUAGUUCCCAACAACUAGAUACAAUAGAAGUGGGGUUUUUAUUAUUUUGACUAGAGAGUACAUUGAAUGCUAUUCCUCUAUGCUAGUGCCUCUGUAUAUUGGCUUUGUUGUUUUUCUUUGAAGUGAUUGUAAACUGCUGUAAUGGAAGUUUUUCUCCCUUUUUUUUUUAAUUAUUAUUAUUAUUCUGUUGCUUUUUGGUGUGCGUGUGUUUUCGUUUUUUUUUGUGUGUGUGUGUAUUUUAGCAUCAGUAUUUUUCAAAUGUAGGCUGGGUUCACUCUUUUGAUUCUGUAACCGGUGUGUUGUUGUUGUUGAUGAUGUAUUAUUAUUAUUAUUUUUAUUUUUUUUUCUCCUAGUUUUAUCUCGAGACGUCGUGGCUUUUUAUUUCCCGUCUGUAUUCUUGCGACUCUUCGUACUGUACAACUUUAGUGCCUUCCUUCGGACGAGUGGCUGAGUGAUGAUAUCAAAGCAGUCGGGGAAUUUGCGAGUUCCUUUCUGACACACAAAAACCCCAAAGUUGUUUUUUUUUUCUUUUUGGUUUUCACAAAAAUCCUAAGAAAGUAAAAAAGUCAGGGAAUGUUUUAUCGCGCUCACCAAGAACACCGUGCAGUACAACAAAAAAACAAACACAGGGCCUCAAUAUAUAUAUACACAGAAAGCUUUAUCCUCACACAGUGAAUGUAUAAUUUGUUUUUUGGUUUGCAGAUGAGUUAUUUGCGGCGGCGUUUUCCUCAUCGUUUUCAUGGUUUUCUCGUAUGCAGCUAUGACUGUGUGUAGAAAUCACGUGUUCUUUCAAAAAAACAAAAACAAAAAGGCUUUAUUCAUCAGUCAGACUCACCCACUCUCCUACUCGUUAUUCUCUUAGGUAAAGGGUGUAUUUUUGUGGUCUAAUACGCUACUGUGUUGAUUUGUUCUUUUAAACAAACGGGAGGUUGACGAGAUGAACGCAUUAAUUUCCCACCACCACCACUUUUGGGUUGAUUUGUUGUCGGAUAGAUAAUCUCCCCGCAGCCUUACACCGAAAGUCGUUGAUCCAAAGCUCAACGGGCACACGCAGCCUUAAGCAACAAAUCAGCACUGAGGACAGAGACUUUACGUCGCAGAUAGGGGAUGUCCCGAUCAAGUUGUUUAUUAGUUUUUUUUUUUUUGCGACGCGAUCUGAUUUCGAUCAUUAAAUAUUCAGCACCACCCGGGUCUGAUCUUAAAUAAACUAAAUCUGCUCCCAUGGAAAGAAUCAAAAAGUCUUCUCUUGUCUUUCUCGGGUUCUCCUACAUGUGACUGGAUUCAGUCCAGUAAAUAUUUCUGUCUCCAGACAAUGUGGAUUAUUAUUAUUUAUUUCCUUUUAAACGCAGCGUUCGUUUUAAGCUUUUUGGUGGCGAAUCAAGUUGGUAGUACUGAAUGACAAUCACCUACUACCACCUCACCGAAUGUCCACAUUUCACCCGUUACAAAUGUCACUGGACACUUGUCCUUUCGCGCAGCAGACACACGUUUGGUCACGUGAUUUUUGGUUUAUGGCAGCUCAACGUUAGCCAACGAAAAGGAACACGAUGUUUUGAGCUCGAUACGAUUAUUUUUCUAAAUGCCUCAUCGGGACAUCCCUAGUCACAGGCUUCACGGAUAAAAGUCCCCGUUGGAACAAAUUGGAACGAUUCAGAAUGAACUCCUUUCUGAUAAAACAUUUUCACCCGACACUCACAUCUCAUUUAACGGGCGGAAUAAUUAGCUAGACUUUGUACUAAUUAUUGUAUCUUCAGACACGAUUGCUAAAGUUCGACUUGUCCUAAAUACGUGUAGUUUUUCGUGUGGCUUUACGAUUUUAUGUUUUGAUUUGUUUGUUCUUUUUUUUUUUUAUUUUAAUCUUAAAUGCUACACUAGUUUGACAUGUAGCAUCUGCACUGUGCAAUAUACAACAAUAUAAGAGGACUGGGAUAAUGAUAAUUGUUUGGAUGUAAUAAUAAUGAUGAUGAUGAUAAUGUGUGUCUUACCAGUUUGCCCCCCUCCCCACCUCACCUCUAGUUCUCAGUGAGUUUUCAAUGUGACCAAGUCUUAUGUACUUUGUCACAAAAAGCGGGUUCCUUCUUGGUGACUCUUAUUGGUGAGUGUCAAAUUAUGAAUUGAUGGUGUAACUAUGUCAAGAUUCACUUUGAAUUAAAAAACAAACAAAAAAAAAAAUCUUUUGCUUCA